GCUGAAAUUCUUAAGCUUGAUCAAAAAUAUUCUGUCACAGAUACUAUAGCACUUAAACGUUACUAUUUGUGGAAUCUUUAUAGCAAAGACAUGGAUAUAGAAUAUUGGAAUAAUCUAUGCAAUAAAAAAUUUGUGGAAAGUUUCGGCCUACCUGAACCUCGAAAACACUUCUUGCAAUUGUCUUACUUUCGAAAGCAAGGCUAUGAUGAGGAGAGCGUAAAAGUUAUAAGAGAACUCUUUCAAAUACUAGGCUUUACUGGCAUUGAUGAUAGGCAUAUCCUUUCUAGCAAUAUUUCUUGUGCUAAGAUAAUAUCGGAUCUUAACUUAGCUAUAAGGGCAAUUAAUGCAAUUGUUGGAAAUUGGUGUAGCUAUACUCCAUAUGAUGGUCUUGGUUUUGGAGAUAAUGGCACACCAGAACUUCUACUAUAUAGGCCAAAAACAGAUAAUGAUAUUCAGGAACUCUUUGAUUCUAUGAGACAGGAAAAAUAA